AUGUCUUCAAGCGAGGAUGAAGCCUCUACCACUCCCGUGGAAACCAAGCCACCCCAGACAUUCAAGGAACUGGGUGUGAUCGAAGAACUUUGCGAAGCAUGUGAUACUUUGGGCUACAAAACGCCAACACCCAUUCAAGCGCAAUGUAUUCCUGUUGCUCUGCAAGGAAGAGAUCUUAUUGGUCUUGCGGAAACCGGCAGUGGAAAAACUGCAGCAUUUACACUCCCUAUCCUCCAAAACCUUAUGGAAAAUCCUCAACCGUUUCACUCUCUUAUCCUUGCGCCGACACGUGAAUUAGCUCAGCAAAUCGCCCAGAACGUCGAGGCUUUAGGAGCCACAAUCUCCGUACGAUGUACACUUUUGAUUGGUGGUAUGGACAUGGUUCCGCAGGCUAUUGCCCUGGGCAAGAAGCCUCACGUUAUUGUGGCUACUCCGGGACGACUCUUAGAUCAUGCCCAGAACACAAAAGGCUUCUCAUUGAGAAAUUUGAAGCAGCUGGUGCUUGACGAGGCCGAUCGUUUAUUGGAUCUUGACUUUGGCCCAAUCCUCACAUCGAUCCUUCAAAUGUUACCACCGAGACGUACCUACCUGUUCUCAGCAACCAUCAGUAGCAAGGUUGAAUCUCUCCAACGGGCAUCAUUAUCAAACCCAGUCAAAGUUUCAGUUUCCACCAAGAACCAGACAGCCACAAACCUUAUUCAAUCUUAUAUGUUUGUCCCGCAUAAACUAAAGGAUGUCUAUCUGAUCCAUCUUCUUAAUGAGAGGGCUGGCCAGACCGGAAUCAUCUUUGCCCGAACUGUCGUCGAAACGAACCGUCUUGCCUUGCUCCUCAGAAGCCUCGGAUUUUCUGCUAUCCCAAUUCACGGACAGCUUUCUCAAAGCUCUCGAAUUGCAUCUCUCUCCCGAUUCAAAUCAAAAUCUAGAAACUUGCUGAUCGCCACCGAUGUCGCCGCUCGUGGAUUGGAUAUUCCCGCUGUGGAUUUCGUUGUUAAUUCCGACCUCCCGCAAGACAGCAAGACCUACAUUCAUCGAGUUGGACGAACAGCCCGAGCUGGUAAAUCAGGAUGCGCCUUUUCGCUUGUAACACAAUAUGACGUCGAGGUCUGGCUUAGGAUCGAAGGAGCUCUUGGGAAGAAAAUCGACGAGCAGAAAGCAGACAAGGACGAAGUGAUGGUCUUUGCCAAUCGUGUGCAUGAGGCACAAAGAGAAGCCAUCUCUAUUUUGAAAGCGCAAAACGAAGAAGGGAAGGGAGGGAGGGGAACCAGGACCAGAGGUGGUUUCUCGAAAAAGCGUGGCCGGGAUGAAAUGGACCGCGAUGAAUAA